AUGUCCUUCCAAUUAGAAGAUCUCAAAGUGAAUGAGCCAUUUGAUACGAUGGAAACUGAAGAAAAAUCUUUUUCCACAAACUAUGAAAUCAUUGAUUCAGACUCAAGGAAGAUUCUUGAUCAUUUUCUCCUUCUACUUGAAUUUGAUAAUGCUGCAGGGACUACCCAAAUUUCAAGUCAAGCUCGAAUAAUCGAUGAUUUAAUUGAAAAGUCGCCAUUUAUAACUGUGUAUAACAAAGAUCGAUCUGUUAAAAUCAGACCGAAAAUAGAAUAUUCUGUUGAAGCAUUUGAUGCAUUUUACGCACGAACUCAUACAACUGGAGAUGGAAAUUGCUUGUACAGUUCUUUAUCAAUAAUUAAAAUUGGAUCUGAAGAACUAACACACUCAAUGAGAUUAUUGGCAGUCAAUGCUAUGAUUAAUAAUAGUAAUCAUUUCAAAACCAUUUGCCGUUUAUUGAACUAUUCAUUUGAAGAACAGUUAAGGAGAACUGUCACAAACGAACAAUGGGGUGGAGAAGUUCAAAUUCAUGCACUUUUUAUAGCAUUAUGUCAGCCCAUUUAUUCUUAUGUUAAAUUUCUCGAUGAUCCAAAACGUGUACACUACAUUCCAUCUGAUAUCAGUACACAAGAUUUGAUUAACAGAUUUGAUAAUGGAACUGCAGGAGGUCAUCUCAAAUAUAUUGGAUAUAAUAUCUAUGAAAAUAUUCACCUUGGUAAAGAAAAUGCAACAAGAGCCGAGAUUGAAGAAGCGGCACGUCAAGCCACUGCACACGAUUUUAUUAUGCAAUUACCCAAUAAAUAUGACACAAUCGUUGGUGAACGUGGUGUUCAGCUAAGUGGCGGUGAAAAGCAACGUGUGGCUUUGGCUCGUGCUCUAGUCAAACAGCCUGUCUUGCUUUUGUUGGAUGAAGCAACAAGUGCUCUUGAUAAUGCUAAUGAAAGGAUCGUUCAAGAAGCACUCGAUCGAGCUUGCAAAGGUCGGACGACUAUCGUGAUUGCUCAUCGCCUGGCAACAAUUCAAAAUGCGCAUCGCAUUUAUGUAUUGGCUAAUGGAGUUGUCAUCGAACAAGGUACACAUGAAACACUGAUGUCACAAGAAAGAAGUCGAUAUCGUGAGAUGAUGCAAGCUCAACAGCUAGAAGCAGCACAGCAUGAUACUGAUGAAAUAACGGGAAUCACACAAAUAAAAGAUGAUGAUAAAACAAUACGUACAGAAAUGUUUUUAACAUAA